AUCACACAGACUUAGACGAGGACCGAGCAGUCAAGAUCCCCUCGUUAGUCGCAUGCAGAUUGAUAGAGGUGUAUAAAGGCAGCCAGUAUAUUUUCUGUGUUUAGGCUACUUAAUUCUGACGACUAAAUAUUUUGCUCUCUCUUGAACAUAAUGUGGAGAGACAAGUGUUCUCGGCAGACAUUCGAAGACCUAGCAUAAUUCAUUCGUGACGGACCCCAUUGCUGCAUGCCUCCUGUUUAAGAUUCUGCCGUUUUGACUAAUCCACGGGACAGUGGGAUCCGACUACAGAGCAUCUUUAGGAUUCACAGCGAGUUGAGUCCAAGUUCUAUUACCAGCAGUUUACCAUGACAGCCACUAAGGAGGCGGCGCAGCCGAAUCAGAGACAGAAGCCACCGCCAAAGGAUGAUGAGGAGGACCUUGGUGCGGGAGCUCCACCUGACAGGAACUGGAAAGGAAUUGCUAUUGCUCUGCUGGUUAUUUUGGGGGUCUGCUCUCUUAUCACCAUGUCUGUCAUCCUCCUCACCCCAGCGGACAGCCAAGCUGGCAGUGAUACCAAACUCACAGUGGAAGAUCUGUUCAAGCCUGAGUUUGUUGCCCACGACCCGGAGGCCAAAUGGAUCAACGACUCAGAAGUGAUCUACAGGAAUCGCGAUGGCCACGUAAUCAAGUUUAACAUCCUCACCAAUGAGACUGAAAUUGUACUGACAAACACAACAUUUGUCAAUUUCAAUGUUGCAAAGUACUCCGUUUCCCCGGACUUGAAAUAUGUGCUCUUUGCCUAUGAUGUUAAACAGGUUUUCCGGCAUUCAUACAUGGCCUCAUAUAGCAUUUACAACGUCCACACAAGGGAGGUAUGGGAGCUGGAUCCUCCAGAGGUGCUGAAUUCUAUUCUGCAGUAUGCUGCGUGGGGAGUACAGGGCCAGCAACUGAUCUACAUAUUUGAAAACAAUAUUUACUACCAAUCAGAUGUGAAGAGCAACUCCCUCAGACUGACAUCGUCUGGAAAGGAAGGGGUCAUUUUCAAUGGGAUCACUGACUGGCUGUACGAGGAGGAGAUUCUCCAGUCACAUAUAGCACACUGGUGGUCACCGGAUGGAGAGAGGUUGGCCUUCCUGGUCCUCAAUGACACUCUGGUGCCCAAUAUGGCCCUUCCUCGCUUCACUGGUGCUUCAUACCCCAAAGGAAAGCAAUACCCCUACCCUAAGGCUGGCCAACCCAACCCCACAGUGAAGUUAUAUGUGGUGAAUCUGUACGGGCCGACACACACACAGGAGCUCACACCACCAGACAGCCUCAAACUAAGGGAGCACUAUGUCGCCAUGGUCAGUUGGAUCAGUAAAACCAAGACGACGGUCAGGUGGAUGAACCGUGCCCAGAAUGUGUCCAUCCUGACCGUAUGUGAGACCACCACGGGGGCCUGUGUUAAGAGGCAUGAGGAGGUCUCAGAGCUCUGGCUUUCAAAGCAGAACCAGGAACCAGUGUUCUCCAGGGAUGGCAGCAUAUUCUUCCUGACAGUGCCCGUCAAGCAAGGCGGGCGUGGAGAGUUCCAUCACAUCGCCAUGUUCACCACACAGUUCAGAGCAGAUCAAAACGAGGUCCGCCAUCUAACAUCAGGAAACUGGGAAGUAACUAAGAUCCUGGCCUAUGAUGAGAGCAACGACAACAUAUAUUUUCUCAGCACUGAAGGCUCACCGCGAAGAAGACAGCUUUUCAGUGUGAAGACUGUCGGGUUGUUCCCUCGACACUGUCUGACGUGUGAGCUAAAUAAGGCGCACUGUCUGUUCUUUAAUGCUGAGAUAAGCCCCAAUGAUAAGCAUAUCAUCCUCCACUGUAAAGGUCCCGGAGCACCCACUGUGAUCUUACACAGCCUCAAUAAUGCCAAUUACUACAUCCUUGAGAACAACUCUCUACUAAAGGCCGCUUUAAAGGUCAAGAGGAUUCAGAUGACGGAUUUCAGAACAAUCCAGAUGGAACAUUUUGAUCUGCCUUUGAAGAUCUCUUACCCACCAGACUUUUCUGAAUCGCGUCACUAUGGCUUGCUAUUGAUAGUCGAUGGCUCCCCCGGUGGCCAGGCAGUGAGCGACCGUUUCGUCCUGGACUGGGACUCGGUUCUGGUCAGCUCGGAUAACGUCAUAGUGGCUCGUCUGGACGGCAGAGGGAGUGGCUUCCUGGGCCAGAGGGUUCUACAUGAAGUCCACCGGCGUUUGGGAACCGUAGAGGUGCAGGAUCAAAUCACAGCUGUGGAAUACAUGUUGACAUUCCCGUACAUUGAUCGGACACGGAUAGGAGUAUUUGGGAGGGGUUAUGGUGCCUAUAUUACAUUAAUGAUGCUCAAAUCAACCGACAGCCUGUUCAAAUGUUCAGUAGCAAUGUCCCCCGUCACGGACUGGAAACUAUAUGCAUCAGCGUUUUCCGAGCGGUACCUUGGCAUGCCAUUACGGGACGACAGCAGAUAUCAGUUCUCCAGUGUGUUGCAGAACAUCCAGCCACUGAGGGAACAGACUCUGAUGCUUGUCCACGGCACAGCAGAUGCCAAUGUUCACUUUCAGCAUACUGCUGAGCUCAUCAGGAACCUUGUGAAAGUUGGAGCAAACUACUCAAUGCAGCUCUAUCCAGAUGAGGGUCAUUUCCUGUCCCAGCGGAGUCGGCAGCACCUCUUCGGGUCGCUCACCAACUUCUACAGGGAGUGUCUAAGGGAAGAGAUCCUACCACUGCCCGAUGAUGAUGAGGAGGAGGAAGAAGAGUAGGAGUUAUGAUGUGUUGGGAACCUUCGGCAGGACUUUGGCAGGACUUCCUCUCUGUAAACAUUUGCUGAAGCCUGCACUAAAGGCUGGUGGCUUUUGGACCAAGUGUUAAGACAGAGGUGGACAGUGAGAGUUGCUGAUGCUUCUAGUGUGUGUGUGUGUGUGUGCGUGUGCGUGUACAUUAGAUCGUUUGUGUUAGUUUGAGAAAGAGAGUUUGAUAGUGUGUCUGCGUGUGUCUGCGUGUGUACGUUUGAGUGUGCAUGUGUUUUCAUUCAGAGAACUUCCAAGGACACCUGUCAAAGACAAUGGAGACGGGCAUUGUCGAGACUACAAGCUGGAACUCUCACUAAUCCAAAAUGCCACUUCGAUCACUUUCGGCAAAGCACAUAGCAGACUGCCUCCAUCAUCGAUGGUGGCCAUUAGUGUUGCAACAUCCACACUUGCAAGUGCAUGGUUCUUUUCCCCUUACAGCUUCACUAGUUUUGUUAGUCUUUGUUGUAGUAGUCAUUGGGAAGAGACAAACACAGAUGAAGUCCCCUUUUCAAUUCCUCCCCCUCAAUAUUAUUUGUUCUUGUUGCACAAGGAAAUGCUCCACUGCUCUUCAGAGACAUACGGUAGGCAAUGCAAGUUCACCAUCACUGUGACGUUGUCCACGAAUAAGUGUAAUUCCUGCUGAAUGCUCUCUCAUUGUCAACCCCCACUGAAAACAACAGUCCUUUGGGCACACUUAAACAAUGGUCUUAUGUAGACAUGUCCAAUGCCUUAUGAAGUGCUACAUAAGACCAUAAAACCACGUACUGGCAUUCAUAGCCAUUCAUUAUCAGCAGCUUCAUUACCAACCUGUGUCAGCUCAGUCCUUUGAGACGCAAUAUGACAUAGUGCAGUCUCAUAGACAGUUAAUAUCAGUUAUAAGGUCAGGUCAUAAACCAGUUAUAACUCCAGUGAGUAGAGAGUUGUCACAAAGGCCAUAAAAUGACAUUGUGUAGGCCUAAGUAAGGGGUUUGCAUGUCUACAGCAGUGUGUACAUACAUAUAUUUUUUAGAUAUGUCAGAUCUCGUGGAUAGGUUAGUCAAUGGGAAUGGAAUGAUUUGACCUGUAUGUCUUGUACAUUUUCCAGUUGAUUUUGGUUUCGGUUUAUUUUUCUUCCAAGGGUAGAUUUUGUAAUGCUUGUUAAUUUUGCUGUUUCUAAAGGGAGGGGGGAUGUGGGUGUUGGGUUAUUGUGAUUGUCCUCUAGUGAUGAUUAUGAAUAAAAAAGCACAGAAAAACAAAUAUAUUACCAUUAGGUAUUUUGCACAAAUUACAUCCAACCACAGUGUUUUCAGUAUUGAUUGACAAAUUUACGAAUGAUCCAGUCAAUUACAUACAAUUGGUUUGUUGACCUUGGACUCACCUUUGUGCCUAGACUGUUGGUCAUGGUCAUGGUCUGAAGACAAAUUCAAUAAGGGCCUUGAGGCAGUUGGCCUACAGAUAUCUGACAUUGGAUGCGUCUCAAUCCACCUCAUCCGCCGAUGUUGCACUUCAGCAUCUACAUUACGUUGCUUUCUCCUGGGUAGAUACAUGAUAAUUACAAGUAUAUCUUAUGUAACUGCAUUGUUCUUACAUUACACUUGAUUGAGUAUAGCCUUUGAGACAGGUCAUAACAUAGAAAUACUUUACAUUAAGUUGCUUUCUCCUGGGUAGAUACAUGAUAAUUACAAGUAUAUCCUAUGUAACUACAUUGUCCUUACAUUACACUUGAUUGAGUAUAGCCUUUG